UUCACCCACUUACCUCCAAAAACUAGUGAUGUUGCCAACAAGGUGGGGCAAGGGAGGUUUGUAUUCUCCGCACCAUGCAAUCAGGAUCAAUCUAAACCCAAGGUUAGGCAACAACUAGAAACCAUAAGUUAACACACUGUACUAUUCAAAAAAAAAAAUUCAUUCAAGGAGAGGGUGAUGAUGAUGAAGGGGGCGGCAUUGGCGGCUGAUAUAAAGAGGAACCUUGGGGUGAUUAAGGAAAGGGUGUUGGAGAAACUGGCUGCUGCUGCAGUCCCUGCCGAUGCUUUGGAGAAUGCUAGGCAUUUCUUGGAGAGUGUGGUGAGGGAUGUUACGGUUGCUGCUCAGGGUCUUACCAAGGAUGCUUUGCACCGUAUCAAGACUCAUCUUGUUGAUAUUCUUCCUUCACUUUCCCCUGCCAUUACUAGAAAGCAGCUGGUGGAUGAUGCCGAGAAGGAAGCUAACGAAGAACACGAAAGCGAAGGGGAACAACAAGAAGGAGAAGAGGCAAGGCAAGAUGAGCAUCAACUUAGCGGGAAGUCCACGUUUGUGUCACCGGCGUCUUCUCUGUUUGCUUUAAUCAAACCAUUAUCCAGGCUUUGAAGAUUAUAUAGGAAAGUCUAACAUACUCGUUUUGUCUACAUUUUGCUUCCAAGAAAUAAAGUUUAGAGAGCAUACACAGUCGAAUCUCUAACUGAAUAAUGGAAAAUCAAUCCAUGUAAAGAAGAUAAAGUUAUGUGAGAAGCAAGCAUUUUUUAUAGUUUCUUUA